AUGUUGCAUACUCAAUGUUUUUACGGAGCAGUGUUGCAACAUGUGGGUCAACAAGACUUGCCUUUUGAGGAACCGCUGAAGAACCCUAAAAAGUUCUUCACACUUGACCGGAAUCAUGUGAUAUUCGGCAAGCCUUUAGGUGUUGUGUUCGACAAGAAUAAUGGCCUUUACUUCUUUUUGUCGCGGAAUCUGGAUGGACUCCUUUCGAAAACGUCAGGUGACCCAAAUUCACUUAAAUCUACAACAUCUAUAAUAACUUACGUGAUAUAUCGUAUUCGUAAAUUAGUGCUGCCAGUUAAAGGUGAUGAAGCAGUAAAU